ACGGUUACAGCAGCAAUGGCUUCCGGAUCCAAAACAAUUGAUCCAAAAGGUGCCGGUAAUCAAUCAGUAAUCUCUACAAAUGGUGAUUCUACAAAUGGAAAUAAUACGACAACAGCGGCAACAACAACAACAUCAAUAACAACAGGUGUACCAACAACCACUGCAACAUCAACGGCACAAUCAUCUACUACUACCGGAAAUGGUCAUCAACAACAACAACCACAACAACAAUUUACCGAUGCAGAUUCGAAUAGCGGAAAUCCUAGUUCAAAAGCAUUUGUACCAUGUAAAGUUUGUGGCGAUAAAGCUUCGGGUUAUCAUUAUGGUGUAACCAGCUGUGAAGGAUGUAAAGGUUUUUUUCGACGAUCAAUACAGAAACAGAUUGAAUAUCGUUGUUUACGUGAUGGAAAAUGUUUAAUAAUACGUUUGAAUCGUAAUCGUUGCCAAUAUUGUCGAUUUAAAAAAUGUUUGGCCGUUGGAAUGUCAAGAGAUUCUGUUCGUUAUGGACGUGUGCCGAAAAAAUCCAAAGAAAAAGAACGUAUGGAUGAAAAUAAACGUGUUACACAAGCAGAAGCCGAUCAAUCAUCGAAUGGUGAUAAUGAAUCAAAAGAUUUAGCUUGUUAUGAGAUUGCAUUGACCAUAUCACAAGCUCAUCAUGAUAAUUGCUCAUAUACAAAUGAAAAGAUUAAAGGAAUCAAUAAGAAACCAAUAUAUCUUCUUUCAAAUCAAUUGAAACAUGAAACAGAAACCUGUUCAUCACCGGAUAUUGGUUCCGUAUCGGAAAGUUUAGAGGCACAAAAAAUUGAACUAUGGGAACAUUUAGCAUUAUUGAUUACGCCAUGCAUACAACGUGUGGUUGAAUUUGCCAAACGAAUACCCGGAUUUUCCGACCUAACACAAGAUGAUCAAUUGAUUCUAAUUAAAUUGGGUUUUUUCGAAGUUUGGCUUGUACAUAUAUCGAAAACUAUUGAUUUCAUUGAAAAUACUCUAACGUUUGCCGAUGGAUCAUUCCUUAGCCGACGACAAUUGGAAUUAAUGUUCAAUCAUGAAUUUGUUGGUAAUCUAUUUCAUUUAAUGUCCGGAUUGAAUAGUCUUAAUUUGACCGAUGAAGAGGUGGCAUUAUUUUCUGCCAUUAUUAUUCUACAAUCAGAUCGACCACAAAUAUAUGAUGUAAAAGCCAUCAAUAAGAUACAAGAGACAAUAAUUGCAGCAUUAAAAUUUCAAAUCAAUAAACAUAGAGAAAAUGAAGGUCUACAGACAACAUUCCAGAAAUUGUGGAUGAAAAUCAAUGAAUUACGUGCACUUGGUUCAAGCCAUUCAUUACAUUUACAAUGGUUUCGUACAAAUUGGUCCAGACUUAAACUACCUCCAUUGUUUGCCGAGAUAUUUGAUAUACCAAAAAUGUCAUCAUUCUCUCAGCAGCAGCAGCAACAACAACAACCAAUGAAUAAUAAUGAUAAUGAUACAAUGAUGAUAUCAAAUAAUACUACUACUGCUAAUACUACUACCAUACCAUCAACAACACAUCAACAACAACAGCAGCAGCCGAUAAUUACAUCGAAUAAUAUUAUACAAACAGCAAAUGCAACAACAUCAUCACAAGUACAAAUACAACCGGCAACUACAACACAAACAAUUAUUAAAACUGAACCAUUUGAACAGAUUACAAUGAUUGAUGGUACUACAUCAUCAUCUGCAUCAUCAUCAUCAUUAUCAUCGACCAAUGUCAAUGGUCAAACAACAGCCAUGAGAAUCAAAUUAGAGGAUAAUGAUUGUUAACCAUAUACAAACACAUACAAACACACACACACACACCCACUUCCAUUCAUUUAUUAAUUAUCAUU